AUCAUUCAAAGACCGCCCACAUUUUGCUCCUCUCGUCAAGACUAUCGGAUUAGAGAGCAUCGCUUAUUUUUCGUGCGUCACGCAAACGCGGUAGGCAACUGUUUUUUGAAAAGAGGGAUAACCAGGUUUCUAUAUCUCUUUUCAUCCUUGGCAAGCGACAUUGGUCGACGUCUCCUUUCGGGGUCAGGUAAGCAGCAUCAGUUUGCGUGUUUCCUUUCAGCUUCGGCAAGCAUCAAAAACCGAAAAAAAAAUGUCCGCUGAUGAAAGGGUCAAAUCGGUAAAUACAUGUUGCUGAGCAUUGCUGUUGUCUUGAAAGGUAUUUAUAGGCAUUAUAGAAAACCGAGAUACUGCUCAUAAGCACAUCUCGUUGAAAUUUAUAGUACUUACAUAAGAUACAACUACCCAAAGCUACUGCCCAGCACUCGCUCCCCUUCCAUAUCAAGCGAAAGCUCAGCAUUAUACUAAACUUCCGCCAGGAUGCUCCCUUCUACGCAAGGCAAGUCCGAAAUGUCCGCGCAGACAUGGGAUAGUUCAGACCCAAGAUCUUACAAUGAGAGGAGAGCAGCCCAAGCCCUGGAUAUCCUGGAGCAAGAGGAUAUCGAGUAUGACUGUAAUACACGCCAGCCUUCGACGGCCAGAUCAUAUGUCAUUUCUUCCUCGGUCUUCAAUCCUGCCACCCGUAAGGUCGAAAGGGCCUUCUUCACAUCUCUAGCUCCCACCGAUCCGGCUGUUACUGACGAUGAGAGGACACGUCGAAUUUCGAUAGCCAACCAGCUAUCUUGCAAGAUCACUGAAGGACUAAAACAAUCUUCUGAGCAAUGGUUGCCAUCGUGUGUGAGGGAUGGAAGUACAUUUGAGCUUCAAAGGAAGGAGCGUGAACUCUACAAUAAAUUUCUUUCCGAGGAUACUGGUAACAAAGAGGCUGGAUUGACCUUUUAUCCUUAUGAAGAUAUGGCGGAGUCGAUGCCUUGGGACCCACUAGUUUGUUAACUGCGCCUGGAAAUGCAUCUUGAGAAAUAUAUUUGGCUGUGCUGAAUAAAACGAGGUCGAAAUGGGUCCAAAGGUCUCUUU